UGCGGAUUGGGGGGGUGGGGGAGCUGGCUUGUUGGGGGAGCCCCCCCAAAAUUACACAAACUAAGCAACGGAGAGCUACGGCUGGCAGGCCUCUCAUCCACUGGAGCCCAAAGGAUAUACAAAGCCUGGGAGCCCUCGAACGCUGGCCCGCUGGAGCUGGAGCUGCUCCCGGGCUGAGGCUUUCAGGAAACACCGCGGCUUCACUAGAGGCCUAGUAGCUUUUUGGACCCUGGGAAAGUGUAAAGCGGGAUUUUGCUGUGGGACCGAGGUGGACAUACUGUGGGAGGGACGGAUCUCCGGAAGACCGUGAGAAAAUAGAUUACUGGGACUUCACAGCCACAGGCCAGUAUACAGGUUUCCUCAUGUCCGUGAAGUGUCUCUCGUCGCUCUGCGGCUCCCCGCCCUCGGUGUGGUCAGUCGCUGCAAUUCCGACCCCGUGAUUCUCUCCGACCGCAGUGCCGGACGUCAUGAGCAUUGUAAUCCCUCUGGGAGUCACCACACCAGAUACAUCCUACUCAGACAUGGCCGCCGGAUCAGAUCCUGAAUCAGUGGAAGCCAGCCCAGCUGUCAGUGGGAAGACAGUCUAUGCAGCCCACAACUACCAUGGCACACAGAGCCACAGUUACAGGGGUCUGCCAUAUGCAGAUCAUAACUAUGGCGCCCCUCCACCACCCACACCCCCUGCAUCACCACCUGUCCAGGCUAUUAUACCAAGAGCAUCAGCACCUAAUGGCAUUCACUCGCCGGACGAGGAAGAAAACUCUGGGGAUAGCGAGAGCUCUUCAGAGGUAGAGCAGAUUCCCAGUUGGUGCCAGUGUAGUCUUUCCCAGGACGGGAUAUUCAUCAAGUGUGAGAAGUGCAGGGGUGUGAACAGAGGAAAAGUGAUCCAGCUUAAUCGAAGGAAGCAAGACAAUGUGUCAGGGGGCGAAAGCAGCGCCACUGAGAGCUGGGACGAGGAGCUGUCUCCAUCUACUGUGCUCUACACCGCCACGCAACACACGCCAACCAGCAUUACUCUCACUGUCAACAGGGUCCAGAGAAGCAAACCAAAAAAGAGGAAAAAGAAUACAGAGAAAGCACGUAAUGCUCCAAAAGCCAAGAAAAUUAAGGCUUUUCGUGAAGGCUCUCGCAAGUCCUUACGGAUGAAGAACUCUACUUCAGAUGCACAGACAUUGGAUGAAAACACCACAGAGGGCUGGGAGAAUCGGAUCAGACUAUGGACUGACCAAUACGAGGAGGCCUUUACCAAUCAGUACAGUGCAGACGUGCAAAGCCUUCUGGAACGGCAUGUGCGCUCCUGCAAGGAGCUGAUUGGUAAAGCUGCUGGUCUGGAAAUCAUUAAGAAGUCUGAGCUGAACUGUAACAAUACAGUGGUUGGCUCCCAGAUGCAGUUUCAGCUGGGAAGAGUUGCUCGUGUGCAGAAACAUCGCAAAAUCCUGCGGGCAGCAAGGGACUUGGCACCCAACACCCUAGUAAUAGAGUACCGCGGCAAGGUUAUGUUACGGCAACAGUUCGAGGUGAAUGGGCAUUUCUUCAAAAAACCAUACCCCUUCGUGCUGUUCUACUCCAAAUUCAACGGUUUAGAAAUGUGUGUGGAUGCACGAACAUUUGGCAAUGAUGCUCGUUUUAUAAGGCGUUCAUGUACACCUAAUGCAGAGGUUCGACACGUGAUUGCAGAUGGAAUGGUUCAUCUGUGUAUUUAUGCUGUAGCCGCUAUUGCAAAAGAUGCCGAAGUUACCACUGCCUUUGAUUUUGAUUACAGUAACUGUAACUAUAAGGUGGACUGUGCAUGCCACAAAGGGAAUCGAAACUGUCCUGUCCAGAAGAGGAAUCCUAAUGCUUCAGAUUUGCCACCCCCGGUAACUCCUGUGCUGUCUAUCGGAGCAGAAACCAGGCGCAGGAAAGCAAGAAGGAGGGAGCUGGAGCUGCAAGGCUAUGCUGUAGAGGAGAGCAACAACAAUCAUGUGGAGGAAGUACCCGAAGUGCCUCCUGCUGAGGCAGCUUCCAGUGAUCAAGAGUCGAAGGACGAAAAGAAAGUGGAUGUCCAAAUAAAUGCUUUUGAGAACCUGGACAAGAGAAGAAAGCGCAAAGACCAACUUUCAGAGCCAACUGUUGCUGAACCUGAGCCUCCUUCCAUUGCUGAAGAUAUGAAGCCAUUGGAGGAACCCACACCACAGGACGAACCCAUAGAACCUGAAAGUCCUGCAGUAGCAGAGCCUACUGUGAAUACCAGCCUUGGAAUGAAUACUAGGCGAUCUUCACAGGCAGGGGAAGUCAUUGCAGAGAAACCUGCUUCCAAGCCAAUUCCACCCAAGUCCUCCAAGCACCGUCCCAAGAGCCGAAUGUCCCGUUACCGGAGCAACUCGGCACAGAGACUGCGGAGGCAAAGGCAAGCAGUGUCACAGCAGGUUGAAGUGGUGCCAGUGGUGUCUGAGGAAGGGGCAGCAAAUUCAGCCACAGCUCCAACAGAAUCUGGGACCAUUGAGGGCGCUGGAACAACUGUAACCCAACUGGUGUCGGAGUCUCCUACUGUUACUCAGAAUGUGACCCAACCAACACGGGCCAGCCUUAAAUACCACAAGAACAGAAAAUAUGUGGUUACAGAAUGGUUAAACGACAAGGUUGAGAAGCCAGAGUGCCCUAUUGAACAUCCCUUGCGGAUUACUACAGAUCCCACAGUUUUGGCGACCACGCUUAACAUGCUACCAGGACUUUCGCAUUCCACCUUUAUCAGUACCACUCCCAAACACUACAUCCGUUUUGUAUCUCCGUUUAUGCCUGACCGGCGAAGGCGGCCUCCGAAAGUGGAUGGGACUUAUGGAUCAUGUAAAAAACGCUGGAUCAAGCAAGCUAUGGAAGAAGUUGUAACGCAACCAGCUAACCCACCACAAGAGAAACCGCAACCUCUAUACCAAAGCAACGAGAGCAGUAGCUCUUCUAACAAUCUAAUCAAUACAGGAAUUACCGCCCCUUUUAAAAAAUGGAAGAUGAAAUAUAUUCUGGAGGAAAACCCUGCUAACUUAACAAGCCCGAACUCCUUUGUCACACCUCCCCCCUUGCCCAACUCUUUAACCACAGAUUCCCUAAGCCCUUUGCAGACCACCCCAAGCUCUUCUCUGCCGGAGGUAGAAGAAUCCCGAUACAGUUAUGGACUGGUGUUUUCGCCAAUCCCUUCACUCGCUGCUAGCCGCUGCAAUACUCCACUACAAUUCGAGAACAUAUCCUCCCCCGAGAGUUCCCCAGCGCAUAUGCCUGAGUCCCUGUCACCUGAGCCUUGCCUCCGCCCUGACAUAGACCUUUCAAAGACAAAUUUCUUGGAUACCACCACGGAGAAUUCCCAGGACCACCAAACACUGAUUCACACCGGAUUUGUUGAACAAGCUUCUCAAUCCCCCAGCACCUCUUUGCAAUACAGCAGCUUGCCAGAAAACAUUUUUUUGGGCAAAGGAGGGGAUGGGUCUUCGCUGCUAAGGACAUCAGAACAAACUUUCCGGACAGAAUUCAAUUUAAUGUAUGCUUUCUCCCCUUUGAAUGCUAUGUCUCGAGCUGAUGGCUCGUUGCGUGGGUCCCCUCAUGUUGGGGAUAGAAAAUCUUCCCAGUCAGAGUGCUGUGGCUCUCCCGUGGAGAAUUACCAUGGCCGGCUGGGUCCUGGACUUAGAGAAUCUGUGCUAGAGUCUAUGUCUCCAUCCAGCGAAAGAAUGUGUGAAGGCGUCCGGUCGUCUCCUCAAAACCCACCACAGAGGAAAAAGGUGUCUUUGCUAGAAUAUCGAAAGCGAAAACAGGAGGCCAAGGAGGUCACAUCUUCACCGUGUAGUGACGUUAUCCGCUGCACAGGGACACCCACCCGCCAGAGUAGCAAUGGGUCAAUGUCUGACACAGAUCUCUCAAGUUUACUGCACAUGCAAGCACCAUCUUCUCCUCAGUGCGGCUUUUCUUCUCCAGCUCAUCCCUCCAUGCCACAAUUAGAGGAAGUCAGCCCUCCUGAAACAAAGGCAACUGGAUCCUCUUCAUCCCAUUGCAGGGUGUCUGAGAACAUGAGCAGCCGGUGGAUGGUUCCAACCUCAGUGGAGCGGCUGCGGGAAGGACAAGGGAUUUUGGAGAGGGUUCUACGGAGUGGGGUUAAAGUGUCCCACAGAGGGGAUCCUUCUCCAUCACGGGAAAGCAGUUUAGACAGAGAGUCAGAUGGUGAUCCAGAAAUGCCCGGUAUGGCUGUUACCAAAGGAUCCACUGUUUACAGUCCUUCCAGAUACAACUACCAGUUUUUGCAGUGUGACAGUCCUCAGCCAGAGCCUCUCAACCUUCUCUCUCAAAGUUCAUCCCCAUUUCGAGGACCUGCUGCUCAGCCUGUUGGAUAUAACUAUAGGACACCACAAAGGGGCGGACACACGGUCACAGACACGUCUGUAAUUUCUGCCUCCUACUCUAGCCCUGCCCAUGUGGCUUCCACAGACUCCCCUAUAACCCAGUGUCCAGGGAGCUCUGGAUUUUACAACAGCCAGCAACUGUAUGGGAGCAGUGCUGGCAGCACUCAGCCCAGGAAGAGCUUCCAUCAUCGAGCCCCUAGCUGUGAGGCCAGUCCAGCCCAAUUGCUCAGGACAGACUCUAUCCCUUCAGACUCACAGCCCAGCUCUGGGGCUUCUAGCAAUUCCUCCACUCCCCAAGCAACGCGAUUAGACUCCCGAACUAUAGCCACGUCUAGCACUGGGCACUCAGGUUCAAGGAUAUCUGCCGUGUCCAGCCCUCAACAUUACCCACAACGUGGGACUGGUGUGCACCAAUACAGGUUGCAGCAAAUUCAAGGCUCAGGAGUGAAGACUCAGACUGGCCUUUCCUAGAAGUGCUAAAAAAAAAAAAAAGUGGGAGGGAGAACAGGAUAGCACUAUCCUAUCAGCCAUUCCGAAUCCCAUCCAGAGAUUGGGUGGGUUUACUGGUGGCUCGGACCAGCACCUGAUGGGCCAGGUUGCAUGUGUCUAAGACUGAAGCAGGUAGAGACUAUGACUUGCUGAUAAAUUCAGCCCCCACUCCCCACACUCACAUGUUGCAAGAAAAGCAGAUACUUUGGAAACAUUGAGCAGGAAUGAUGCAAAUAUUUGACAUCUUACAAUCGAUUUUUUUUUUUAUUAUUUUUUUUUCUCCUCUUUAUCAUCACAAAGCUCCUGUAGUCACUUGUGCAGUAAGAACAAUUUUUAUAUAAUUAAGGAAUUUAAAAAAAUGGUUCAAAUUGAAGCUGAAUUAAAAGGGUGGGAGAAGGGGUUUAAAGAAGCACCUAUAUUUGUAGCAUCGGGUUAUAACUGUACUGUUUUUUUUUGUGUGUUUUAUGAAUGUUGUGGGUGGGGCGAUAGAAACUGGCCUGAUUUGCACUAUAUGGCCAAUCAUUCCAGAUACAUAAAUGGCCACCCAUUGCUCUUCAGGCUUAAUCACUGCCAGCUGGAAUGGUUUUAUUGGUAACAAUUGUUGGAAAGCAUCUCUGAAACAAGACUAGUUUUUGGUUUUAUCGAUUUUUUAUUUUUUUUUAAACUUUAUUAUUAAUGGCAUGUUUUGAGGGACGGUUAAAAAUACACAGUAAGCAGUGCAAAUAUUUUUUUUUGAGGAAUAUCCAUCACAUCGAAAUUCAAAGGCCAACUUAUAAAUCAGGUUUUCAUUGUCAUCAAAUGUUCCUCUGGCUUAUAAUGGUAAACCAGUAGUUUCCCUAAUGCAGAUAGUCUGUGCUUUUGGCGUAUAAGCCUCCAGUGCAUCUCAGUGGAAAUUUAAUGGCACUUUAAAAUAUAAAAAUGUCACCUUGGCAUAAGCACGUAAGAAAUUGAUUUUCUUUCCUACUAGAUCUUGUAUAAGGGGAUGGGUGAUUGCAGAUUAGCAAUAUAUGAUAUAUUUUAAGGACUAUCAAUUUGACCUAUUGGUGGGUGCAUUUCAACAGCAUAGGCCUCUUCUGAGCCCAGUGUUUGAGGCACUGAAACAAAGAAAACAAGCAGUUGUGUCCUUCCAAAUUUCUCUUUUGGCCACCAUGGUAACGUGGUUACUAUGGCAAGUUGUAUCCAGGAAAAAUACAUUCAGAUACUGUAACUAUUUAUGUAGAGAACAGAACCAUACAACCAUUCAAGACCAACAAUUUGAUCAAUAGGCCUGAGCUUUGGGUUUUAAGGGGCAGUGUAUACACUUGAUUCUGUGUAGUAAAGGCUCUUUUCACUCUAAUAAAAUCUCAUUCGUAUUUUAUGGAUAUAUAUGUUUCUAGGGAUGGAAAAAUAUUGCUUAUUUUCAAAGUAAAAUUGCUUACUGCUAGACAGUUAUUCAUACUGUGUGCAAGAAAAAAGAAAUCAAGGUUGGCUAACUCUGCUUAUCUACUUAAUACGGUUCUGAUGCAUUGUAGUUUUUGUUGGUAUAGUUUUUAUUUUUAUUUUAUAGAGAUGCACAUCCUUCCUGUCCAUUUUAUUUUAAUUUUCCAAGGCAAAUUCAAUUAUUGUUUUUAUUCAGGGACUUGUCUUUCUAGCUUUGACCAAAUAUGUUUGCCCAGAUGACCAUUUUGUAGAAUGGUGCUUGUCAACUUUUGUUGGCAGAGCUUCCUUGUGCUGUCUCCUAGAAUUCCCACUGGAACAUUUUGGACAGAUAUGUUGCAGAGAACACAAGUAGUCCAUUGGAUGUGAAGGUUUUCAACUCUGAGAAGGAACAGUAUUACUGCUACACUGACAUCCCAUCUUGCAAAUUCUUAAACAUGCCUUUAGCACCCUGUUAAUUUAACGAAAGGUUGGCUUUAAUUUCUUUUUAACUAUGACUUAGUCUUUGUUCUAUUAUCACCAUGAGAUGGAAGUGGAAAUUCUUCAUUAUGUGCUUGUGUUUUGUAGGGAAUCAAGAAUGGCAGAAGGUCCAACGUUUCAUAAUUGGGGGAACUUUGUAAUUUCUUAAGAUUUUGUGGAUUUUUAGAGGCUAAUCAUGUAGCCAAAAAAAAUCACCAGUCAUUGCACACAUUGGAAAUGAACAAUGUCUUACAUUGCUGCUGUUAUUUUUUUGUUUUUGAUUUGUUUCCCCCCUGUACCCCAGGAUGACCCAUAUUACUAGCACUGGUCAUGUAAAAAUAAGCUCUUUUGUUUUACGCUCUUAUCGCUGGGGUGUCGUCCUUGCAUAAUAUGCUAUAACGGUUCACCCCAGCAACAAAACUUCAAGUAUACUCUUCCUCUCACUCGUUUACUGUAAUACUUGGUGGUUAAAUAUUUUAAUUUAAUUUUGUAAUCAUUUAUAAGCAUUGUAGGCUCGCUAAUACAGACGUUAUAAUCCAUGGUGCUACAAUGACGUUCUCUGUUUCUUUACAGACAAGAAAAUGCUGUGAGUCUUUACCUCUCCCUUUCCUCACUCUUUAUCUCAUUGAUUUUUCUCUCGCUUUCCAGAUCUCUAAUGCACAGUUGUUCGUUCUUUCUUUCUUUUUUUCCCCUUCAUUUCUCUUGGUGACUGUUACAGAGCUUUUCCUUUUGGAAUAGGAAUCAGGUGUCGCUUGGUUUAGGAGGGAGAUAUUUUAUUAUAAAAUACUGAAAAAAAAAAUUCAUUUUUUUUUUUUUUUUUCUUUUUCUUUUAAGUUUAACUGCCUUUCCUUUCACAAAGCUGUACAACUGUGAGACUGGUUAGGGAUGGAAAUUACGUCACCCUCGUUUUGGGUUUUCUUGUAUACUGUAUAUUAUGUGUGUAUAAACAUCACAGGGUCUGUAUCGCAGACUUCUCUUCCUGCUAGGCCUCACAACAUGGCUGAAUGCCUCAAAAUGGCCGACACAGUUUACAGUUGUCGGUAUAGUCAACCAGGCCCAUAGAGCGGGGUCACGGGAAGUGAGGCCUGCAGUCAUUAUCACUCACGUGGAGUUUUUACACAAUGAUGUAACAUUUGAUCUUUCAGAAGAGAUGUAAUAAUUUUGAUAAUAAAAUACUUACCUUAAAA